AUGUCAGACGCUCAGCUCCAGCGUUAUCGUCUCCCAGAUUGCGUAGCGGAUUGGCCAUGGACGCGUCAACUCAACAAGCACUAUGUGCCUGUCAAGACUGCUUCGAGUGCUUGGAUGCGAUCGUUCGCUGUCUUCCCUCACAAGACGCAGGACGCCUACGAUCGAUGUGACUUCAAUUUGCUCGCUUCGCUGACGUGGUCGCACCAUAGUGCAUCUCACCUGCGUACAGGGUGCGAUGCCAUGCACCAAUUCUUUGUCUACGACGAGUUCUCGGACGUCGCGAGUCCGCGAGAGGUUCAGGUCAUGGCCAACAUCAUCAUGGAUGCGCUGCGUCACCCGCAUAAGCCACGCCCCUCGGAUGAAUGGAUAGGAGGCGAGUUAACACGCCAGUUCUGGGAAAGGGCUAUCAAGACGGCUUCACCAGGGUCACAGAAGCGCUUCCUUGACUACUCCGCGCAUUACACCCAAGCCGUCGUACAAGAAGCCGAAGACCGUCACCAAAACGUUGUACGCCCCGUAGACGAGUAUCUUGUCGUACGACGCGAGACGAGCGGCGUGAAGGUGUGCUUUGCGAUUAUCGAGCUCGACCUGGAUCUCCCCCAGGAAGUACUAGACCACCCCGUGAUCAAAGAGAUGGAGGUCCUCGUUGCCGAUAUGGUUCUUCUAUUCAACGAUAUAGCUAGUUACAACAUUGAACAUGUGCGAGACGACGACAGCCAUAACAUCGUGACUUCUCUCAUGCUUCACGACGGGACAGACAUACAGGGCGCCAUGGAUUGGGUCGAGAAUCACCACCGCAAGCUCGUAGCGCGGUUCCUCGAACUAUACUAUCAUCAUGUGCCCAAAUACCACACUUGCCCUCUUGACUCGGAUAUCUCCAAAUACGUCGAUGGCCUGGGAAACUGGGUGCGCGGGAACGAAAUCUGGAGUUAUGAGAGCGAGCGCUACUUUGGCAAGCGCGGACCCGAGAUUUCCCAUGACCGGUGGGUGACCUUGAUGCCCAAACAACGCGCAGAGGCCAUCGGCCCACAGCUCAUUGAUCGCGGGUGA